AUGGGCAGCCUCCAGCUGCAGGACUUCGCGGCGGGCUGGGUGGGCGGAGCUGCCAGCGUCAUUGUGGGCCACCCCCUGGACACGAUCAAGACUCGUUUGCAAGCUGGACAAGGAUAUGGAAAUACACUCAACUGUGUUCUCACUGUUUACAGAAAUGAGUCUGUGGCUGGCUUCUUCAAAGGCAUGUCCUUCCCGCUGGCCAGCAUUGCUGUCUACAGCUCCGUGGUGUUUGGCGUCUUCAGCAACACCCAACGGCUCCUCAGCCAGCUCCGCCACGGAGACCCAUCCCGCGCGCCAGUGCUCGUCGACGUGGCUCUGGCCAGCAUGGUGACAGGGUUCAUCUCCGUGGGCAUCGGCACUCCUGUGGACCUGGUAAAGAUAAGGCUACAGAUGCAAAUGGAGCCGUACAUCGAAGCAAACGUUAAACUAAAGCCCAAAGUUCCUGGAUUUCCCGUGUACCGAGGCCCAAUUCACUGCUUUAGGACAGUCCUACAGAAAGAGGGGAUAGCAGGAAUAUACCGAGGCGUGGGAGCAAUGCUUCUGAGGGAUGUUCCUGGCUACUGCCUUUAUUUCAUCCCUUACACAUUUUUGUGUGGAUGGGUUACCCCUGACGGAUGCAUUUCCCCUGAUCCCUCCUCCAUCUGGCUGGCAGGGGGUGUAGCAGGAGCCAUUUCCUGGGGGACUGCUACUCCAAUGGAUGUUGUGAAAAGUCGACUUCAGGCAGAUGGAGUUUAUUUAAACAAGUACAAAGGGACCCUUGACUGUAUCUUGCAGAGCUACCAGAACGAGGGCUUAAAAUGUUGCCAAGAAGACCUGAAAGUCUCCUGCUUUCCUGAGCCAAAUCAGCAGUGUGGUGUCGGUGAGGGCUCAACCGCUCUGACCGAAGACUCCCGUCCUGCACCUACGGCAUCUGCUUUCUCUUCUGCCACGGACUUAGUCCCUGGAGGACUCCGAAAACUGCACCAAUUUAAUCAAAUCCAAAGACUAUUUUCUUAUCAAAUCUUUCACUCUGCUGUCUAAGAGCACCUUAAUAAUUCCCAUUUUGA